GGUAGCUCGCAUUCAUGCAAAUGGGAACAAAUUGCGCUCAAGGGUACGCGUUAUUCCCUCAAACGGUCUAGUCUGCGAGAUGUGCACAAGUACACUGCUGGUGCAUCUUCUGCUGCUGCUAGUGCAAUCUGGAGAGCAGUAUGACCAUAUUGCACAGGAAAAAAGGAGCGGCGUUUCAUCGACGAUAGUAGAGGAUAGAGACCACCGGGGUGGAGCCAGUAGACGCAUAGAAGCCAGAGUCGUCUUCAUCUUUACGGUGAUAGAGGGGUUUGGUAUCGGGUGUGAUGGUAUACAGCCUUGUGAGGAAAGGAGUAAAGUCAAAUCAUGGCCUUGAACCGUGAGUUUGCGU